AUGCUUAAAAAGAAGACGUUGGCGCCGUCCCUCUUCUUCCGGAACCACACUCCUACCGCAACCCCCGAAUUGUCCCCCACCUCCUCAGACAGCGACUCCGAAGAGGAUAUGGAAUCAUCUGGCUCCCGGCCGGUCAGCCUGGCUAUCUCGUCGGGGGCCUUCUCUAUGCGUCCGACGCUCGACGAGGUGCUGGCCAACAUUGCUCCGCCUCCAUACACAUUGAGCGCCUUCAUGGCCUACCUCUCCCAGAAUCACUGUCUCGAAACCUUGGAAUUCACCAUGGAGGCCAAUCGAUACCGGGAUUCCUACUACGCACUGGCUGAACGACUCGGACACGCCGCUAUGGAAUCGGAAUGCCCCGAGACUCAGCACCUACGGAUGCUUUGGAAACGCCUAUUGGCUGCCUACAUCUUCCCGGGAUCGCCCCGCGAGAUCAACCUGUCGAGCGAAGUCCGAGACGCACUCCUGCAGUACAAGAACGUGUCCGCACCCCCGUACCGGAGACGUUAG